UCUGACGUCGAGAAACGAUACUACUUUGCUAUAGUUGUCGCAUCAGCUAGCAGGCAGCUCCAUUUUUCUCGCGUUACGAAAAUCCCAUUUUUGGAAAAUCUCAUGGAAGAUUGAGCCCCGAGACGGACGAGUCGUCUGGAAAAGUCUUGCUUUUUGCGCAUUCAACCGAGCAGAGUUACUAUAUUUGAUGUACGUGCGGUUUUUUUGCGAAACGUGUUCUGGUUUAGUGCAUCGAAGAAAAUUAAGAUAAAACGAUAGCUUUGUGCUGCAGCAGCACGAAAUAACCCAGUGCGGUUAAAAGUGGAAUGAGAAAGACGUCUGUGAGAAGAAAUCAUACUUCUACGAUACGGGGGCUAUAUAGCGGAUUACAAACCCUGGGAGAGUGAAGUAGCAAAAAAUUGAUUUAAUAGCGUCAAGGCAGCUUAUGUGGAGUGGAUUGUGAAAUUGAAGAGUGAAAAUUCUCAAGUGCUUUAAAACACAUUGUAGACGGUGAAUGUGGUGCUUAUUUUUCAGUAUACCAAUUUGGAUACCCUUUUUGAGUACGACGAAGAAUUUAUAUUGUUUAGUGUAAAAGUUCAACAUCGCGAUAGUCGAUCAACCGGACGUUCUAGCGGAAACGAAGAAAGUGCUUCAAAUCAGUCAACAUGAAUCGAUUGUCACGCGGUUACCGUUGUGCGUAGAGAUCUCUCUCCAGACCGUGGAGGGAGAUAAUAUGAUCUUGGAGGUUUGGUCGUUCAGUGUACAAUCAGAACAGUGUGACCUGCAGUCGCGUACCACCCACUCCAUUUACAACCGUAUGGGACUUUUGCUGAAAUCGUUGCUUUCGGUUACACGUUCAACGCCCGCGUAUAAACUUUCCCGUCGACAGAGUGCGGAUUCAUAUCAAAUUUUCUACCGGAUCUAUAUCGGCGAAGCGCAGACCCAUCAGUUGGGCGAUGGUCACAAGCAGUUACGCGUCGGACAGUUGUGCACCCAAAUUGGAACGCUAGCCAUGGCAGUAGCCUACCGUACCAAGAUGACUAUUUCGCCCACGCAAACCGGACGGGACAAUACGAUCAUGCUGAAGAGCGAUCACUUCCUAAAGGAUAUCAGCCCCAAGCACAUCCGGUACAAUUUCAACAAGAAAAAUGAGAAGAAAAUCAUCGACUUGGACAAACCGAUGCGAUGCGGUGCAUUCGUAGACCCCUCGCGAGUCAAGCAAUACACCGAGGAGGAUUUUAUCCUCCCCGAGACGCCACCCUUCCAUUGGUUGCUUCCGAAGCCAAAGGACGACACCAGCUCGCUGAAGAGUGGUACCGAUGAAGACCGGCAGUCGAUCAAUUCUCCAACAUCCGCCGCCGCCCCCGCCGCAGUAGUGGCAUCUGAUGAAAACUCGUCCUCCAAUGCAAACAACAACAACCUCAACAACGUGAACAACAACAGCGGCCACAGCCAGAAGGGAUCGUUUGAACCCAUGAACUUCCGGUUGUCGCAGUCACCGAAGAGUGGCGAAUUGAAUCUGGCUGCCGGAACGGCGGCAGUUUUGGCCGCAACUACGGCAGUAGCAGUAGCAGGUGCAACGGCAGGAUCGAAUUCCGGUUCGCCACCGGCAUCGUUGACCGGGGAAUUCCGGCGGUCGUCACGGUGGUCCAUUCGGCAAACGGGACCCGAGGACGAGCGGUUGCUCAAAGAACUGCACUUCCCCUUCGCCGCGUCCAACUCCCCGAUCGGUGACCUGGCCAAGUUCUACCGCGAGUGCUUCAACGCUCCGCCGCUGCAGGAGUUCAAUCAGCUGUCGAAUGUGAUUUCCAACGUCGACGACGAGGAGGCGGCCAACGCUGACGAUGCCGGCCGGAUACUGACCGCUGCCGAUGGGGCGGUCGACGACGAUACCGAUGACCUAACGCGCCAGUUGGAACAGUUUGAAACGUCGCUUCCGGAGUUUGAAACGCUGGUGACGUCCCUCUGCCAGUCGGUGGACAACAAUUCCAACAGCUAAGAUCCUGCGUCGACGACAAUGACCCGGCUGGACCAAUCGAUCGCAGUCGAGAUCGACUGGAGAGACUGACCACAAGACGUUGUUGUUGAUGCUAGUGCGGGGCGUGUGGCGGGUAUUUUUUUGCAGUUUUUCUUAGUCGCUUAAGAGAGAACAGUCUGAUUGAUGAUAUUCAUCUAUAAACCAUAUUAUUUUUGUUUAUUUUUUUUCGUAGACUUAGGAGACGGUAGCUUAGAGGUUAAUUACUAAGGACAAGUAUCAUUUCAGUUUUUGGGACGGGAAAAUUGUGUAUUAUAGUUAACCGAUGAGGAUAGUAGAUAGCUUAGGAAGGACGUAAGAUGUACUAAUUGCUGUAAAUAUUUUGGAAAGGGCUAUUUCGCAGAAAAAAAAAUGUUCAUGGAAGGGAAAACGAGAGAAAGGAUUUACAAAAGAUAUGAUUGUAAUACACAAUAUUUGAGGGCGAAGAAACUAAAGUUCCUUACUUUCUAAUGCUUUACUUUUUUUCAAACGCGACAAAUGCACCACCUGAGUGUAUUUCUAUUGGGAUUUUACUCUGUUUUCAUUAUUCUAAAAUAUUGAGUAAUUUAAACCUUUCUUAACAUUUUCUCUGAGUCAUAUAUAGCUGUAAAUAGGAAAUUUUACGCGAGAGUCGAUUCGAUUCAUUCGUUUGUCGAGCUUUUAUCAUCCGUGGUUCGGUUUCGCAGACGAAAGUUGGCAGAUUUAGUAGGUAAUCCAAGACACAUAUAGACUUCUUUGCCAGCUUUGCGUCCGUUCAAUCUGUUGCCCGGAAAAAUCAGCAGAAGAAUCAAUCGAUGCUCCUCUUUGCAAUCAAUCUUUGUAUGCUAAAGCCUAAAAAAUCAGUUAUUUGAUGUUUUAUAAGAGUAGAGCAUAUUUUAUAAUCUAAUUUUAUUACAUAAUCAAAACAAGAAAAAAGUAGAAAGUAAGCAGAGCUUAAUCGCUUUACAGCCAUUGUUUUUAUAUGAACAUUUCUAUUGGACUUACAUUAAAUAUUUUCCCUUCAUUUCUAUCACCUAAUCGCCGCAAAUUUCGCAUAUCACUCAGUCUCCUUUUGAGAGUGAAACCUGCACACACUCACACACAAAUUAUCGCGCCAUUCAAAGACUGAAUGUUACUUAUUAUUUUCCGUUUUCAUUUAAUUUCCUUCUUAGAUUUGGGCGAAA